AUGGCAGAUCCAGAGCGGUCCUCGAACCACCAAAACCAGGACAGAAACGAACGAGAGCGGGUCUCUUCUCCCCUCCCUCUCUCGAGUAGCACCAGUCUGAACGACUCCCAAACAAGCCCACAGCACCAGCAUCAUAACCACCAUCCUCGAUCUCCCCUUCCCCCACCGGUCAAGGCUCGCUUCUCCAAUCUCAGUGACCACAUCGUCAAAGCCGCCCGGAGGCUGUCCAUCGUCUCGACUCCUCAAGAUAGCUACAAUCCGCCUCCCUCUCCUGUCCCUCCCCGCUCAGGUGGCACAUCGCCCGAUAUCAACAGGAACAGCAACAGAAGCUCAUCCUCCAGAAAACUUGACGAUCACAAUAGUACCGCCUCCCCAACAAAGGACUCUGCCGAUACCAAAGACAAAAAGACCAAAAUCAAGGAGAAAAAGCCCUUGGUCAAGAUGGACCUGUUCAACCUGAAGUCCAGGAACUCGAAUUCCUCGCAAAUGAACCUUGUUGCCUCCCCCGUCGAGGUCAAAAAGUCGUCACCAGCACCACCGCCACCAAGCAAAGACACCUAUCUAAGAGGCAUCGUCCGUAAUAGCGUCUGCACAGAGGACGACUAUCGGCUACCAGCCCCAUCGACCCACCUCAUCCCCAACUCCAGUCGCAAUCAACAGCAGCAACAGCAGAACUCACCGCUUCUUCAACAGCCGUCAUCCACACCGCAGGGUCAGGCGAACUUUAGAUCGGAACUCGUUGCCCAUGGUCACACGGAUAUGCACGAGUUUGAGGAUCACGUCUUUUAUGGGGAUCUUCAGCCGAUCAGACCUUCCAGCCAAGAGCCUUUCAUGUAUCACCGACCCACGUCCCCUACACCUCCAGUGCAUCAAUCGCGCCUUCGACAGCAGCUUGUGCAAUCAGGCUCUCAAAAUGCGUCGACGCCACCAAUACAGAAACGCAGUACCACCCGCUUGGGGAAUACCAUGGGCGAAGACCUCUCCCGACUCAGUCUUUGCAGUCUUCAGGAGAGUGACAGCGGCAUCAGUGAUAACAGCCUGCAAAUGGAGGAUGUCUUUGAAAUAUACGACAGUUGUUCCAUUGAUUCAAGUCUGGACAGCCGGCAAAACUCUAUGCGAAACAACAUGGCGGUUGUGUCCCCGAUCGAACCACCUGUCGCGACUUUUAAUCCACUGCAGCAACAGCGCCCAUAUCAGUUGGAAAACAAACCAUUGAGCGCACUGGAGCGGAUACAGUUACAGCAGAAGGCGCAAUUCCAGGAACAGGAACGACUGGCUGAAACCAUUAUUCCCUCGAGCAACGUCCAAAUAGGAGCAGAGGCAAGAACAGGGUCGGUAGAGGCAGGAUCUCGAGAUGCUCAUCCCAUCCUACCUUCAUUUCCCGGUCAUUCCACAGCUUCGCCACAACCACCAGAAGCAUCUUCGGCCGCUGCAAUCAUAGCAUCAGCGGGUAGCGACUCCGCCAUGUUGGAUCAGCUUUUGAGUCUUGUCCCAGGGCCACAUCGACCACGACUGCCAUCCCAGAUCGAAUGGCAGCGCGGAUUUGAAGAAUUGCAGCAAAAACGAACGGAAGCAACAGCGCUGACAUCCUCGCUGGGUCGCCAGAACUCAAGUAGUAGUCGACAUAGUCGGGAAUCCAGCGAUGGCAGGGGUCGUCGUCACUCGAUGCCAGAUAUGCCUCAUGGACAGAGUAGAGAAGAUCAAGAGAGACAGCGUGGAGAUAAUUUCAGGAAUCCUAUGCUGUCGCCUUUGUCCUCAAAUCAAAGGCGCUCAUUGUUUGAAGAUCGAGAGCAGUUACUGCGCCAGUCACCGAUCCAGAGGCAAUCAAUUGCGGAAUCGCAAGUUGUCGAUGCACCCUCUGCGAUUGCGAUGUUUGCAGUCGGGUCCAGGCAGCUCAAAAACGGCGGCGGCAAUUACAACGAUAAAGCCGGAAAGGAUAUGGACUUGGACGCUUAUAGGAGAGGUACCACUAGCCCCCUCGACAAGGGCCAAGUUAAUGAAAAAGAUAUGAUUGACAUGGCCUUCGACGAUAUGCUCGCAUCCUUGUCCCUUCCUGUAGUCACAAGGACACAGCUCGAAUCACUCCCCAAGGAGCGGAAAUGGGCCAUGCUCCAGUCCAACGACGCAAAUCCCACGCUUUAUCAAACACCAGAAACUAUGCCGCCUCAGUUUUUUGUGGAUGCUCUACUGGAAUACUCCGGCAAGAAAAAGCGAUCCUCCCGGGACCUAAACGCCUUCAAUUUUGUAUCAUCCAACCAUAACAACAAGUCCAUGGGAAUUUGGAAGAAUAUGAGCGCCAGUAAUAUCGGCAGUUCCAGCAACGGAGGUGACUGUAGUAGUCUCCAGGGCUUCAGCACCUCUCCCGAAAGAAGUGCUACUUCAUCAAUUAUCCAGGCACAGCAACAUCAAAGCUUCCAGCAGCAGUUGUCGUCGUUACUUGGUGGCAAGAGUGAAAAGCGCACUUUGGAAGAACGAGAGCAGGUGCUGAAAAAACUGCGUGUGUUGAUCAGGAACGGAUCAAUUCGUUGGACAGGCGAGUUCAUCAAAGUCGGUGGACCAUUGGCAUUGCUGCAGUUCUGUAGUCAUGUACAAAGGUCGGAAGAAACCAAGCUGGGCCAGCGAGAGAAGUUGUUGCACCAAACCAUCCAGUGCAUCAGGGCCAUCGUCCCGCUUGAGGGUGGUGUCGAAUCUCUGGUCACUGAGCCUGUAUUCUUUCCACUUAUGCGAACGUUAGCCAUCAACGAGGCUCCCAUAUUGACCUCUUCGAAAAUUACAUCAGGCGUCAAAUCAAAGACAGGAUUUUUUGGUGGCGGUGGUGGGUCCGGCUCUGGAUCAGGAGGAACAGCAUCUGGCAGCAUUAUCGGACAGCAGCAGCGAUUACGAUCUUCGUCCAUUCCAAAGCCCAUUCACAUUCGACUCAGCUACCAGACACCAUUUCAACCCAUGCCAGUCUUAUCCGUGGACCAGAUCCCGAUGUUUUCCAAUUCGCAGACCUCGGUAGGUAUACUGACGGCCAUUUUGGCUAGGGAGCCAGAGAGGAGGGACCAGAUUCUGAAAGAGACCGUCGCAGAUCCAAACAUGACGCUGAACCAGUGGAAGAGUGGGGAUGAAGGACUGUGGAAGUACUCAGAGUGGAUCACGUAUUUGAAGGAGAUCGUCCAGGUGUGCGGUGUUGAGAUGCCUUCGGCCACCAUGGCUUCCGACAAUGUGGGUCAUGAGAGUAUGUCUUCUAGAGAUGCAGCUCGAGCAAAUGCAUCAACCCCAACAAAUGUGGUAUCUGUGGGUCAGGGUCUUUCGAUGUUGGGCGCAGGACCAUCGGCAUCGACGCUGUCUUUAUUCUCUUUGGAUAAUAUGCGGAGGCGGAAGAACAGUAACAUGUCACCUUGCCCUACGAACGGCGGAAUCAAAUACGAGGCGGGCGAGGAUCGCGAGAUGUUGGCGUAUCUGACCACCCAUUUGGAACUUAUAUCCAAGCUCAUUUUUGAUAUGCACAUUUCAAGUCCAGGACUCGCAUUUGCAAAGGCCAUUAAGGAGAGUCAGUUGGAGACUUUCCUCGAGCAAUUGCGAUCGACGUAUAUCCAGAAUCAGGACCUCAGCGCUCAAAUCGAAGACCUGGUCAUCCAGCUUUCCAUGGUACCUAGCACGACUCGACUCAUCGCUUCACGACUAUCUCGGGAACUGCCUGUGAUCCCACCCUUUGAUCCCGCCUCUUAUCAACAGCUACGACAACAACGACCACCAUCGGCAGAGCAUCAAUAUCCGUUGCCGGACGCCAAAUACGGUGCCCAGGUCGUUCCAAAGGCUACAGCUUCGGAUAUCCCAUUCAGGGACAGUAGCCUUGACACAUUUGCCAUAGGGCACCAUUCUGGGAGCGGUAUUUUCGAUAACGCGGGCGUCAGCUACGAUGGGGGCACUCAGAGACCCAUGUAUGGUGGUGGUUUGGCCAGGAGCACUUCUCAGAUUAAGCCGACUCCCACUCAGCGGCUCCAGUUCCAGCAGCAGGUUGGAGCAGGACGUACACGCAAGGCUACAGUCAUCGGUCUAAUCGAGAACACUGGUGCUGAAGGUGCAGCUCUGUCUGGUCUCGGUAGACAGAUCUCUGUGAAGAGGAGUUCGGUUGAUGGACAGCGAGUGAGCAGUGGAGGGAACAACAGCCCCUUGCCUCAAAACAACCGGAUGUCACCUGCAAAUGGAUUCUACCAAGAUCUUCUGCCGUCAGCAAGAACAACUACUACGACUCGUAGAGCGACAAUCGGAGAGAGCGCGCCGAUAACAUCGGCUUUUGCAGGAUCUGGCGCAGCAUUAAGAAUGCCAGUCGUGCCACCCAAGAACAAAAAUCGACCUUGCUCGUAUGAUGUCAAGGGCAGGAGUGGCGAACUCUUUCCGAAGAUUCAAUACACGACUGUAAAGUUGGAUCAGCAGUUCCAGCAGUUCCGGCCGGGAAUGGCUCCAAGGUACUCAUCUACACCUAUACCCCAGAACCUGAGCAAGGAUAUCCCCCAGCUUGGAGGCAACACUCCUCGUGCUGCUCCUAGCCCUGUGCCACGAAGCAGCAGUACUGAUACGUUUGGGAAUGGCCGGCGGUCGAGUCUGAAUAGCGGUGCCAAUGUGGUGGUGAAGGCCGACAGUAGCGAUGCGGGGACGCCUGCAGGCCUGCCGAGCAUAUCAACAGAAUCUGGUCAUGGGCGCGGUCUCGGCCAUGGACACAAUAACGUGAGCACAGAUGGAACGUCUACGUGCUCUUCUACGACAUCCUCCGGAUUCUCGGCUACAUCUUCCAAUUCAUCGGUCUCAGUAUUUUACUCUCAAACCCUGAAGCAGUCUACGCUUGCUGUUGCUGAGCCGUCCUCCUCGUCUUCUCCCAGGUUGCUUAGGUCGACGAAUCAUGCCGCAACGGCUGCGGCGCUUCCUCCAGCUCAUCCUGGCAAACCCAUAAAGAAAGAAGUUUACAAAUUCCGAGACGUGGACUUUGAUGCGCAGAUCCAGGAGAAUGUCCGAAGGUUGGCAUCCUCGUCAUCUUUGAUCGCCAUCAGGAACCAGCCCCUCCAGCAGGUUAACGAAGACACGAAGGCCGUGAUUCCCAAGCUUGAGAUUCAGGCUACAGAUCCAAAGGUUUUGGAAGCGCCCAUUGUGGUUCCUGCGGAUAUUUCUUUGAUCAGGGAGCAAUAUAUCCGUGAGCAACUCUCCAGCAUUGUGUUGCCACCUAUGGAACAAAAGACUGGCAGAGACGUCGAUGUUGAUAUCGAGGCAAUCAGCAGGAAGACCAAGACAGGCGCAGUUUCUAGGCGCCAGAGUGUCAACAGUGGCAUCCCUGUAAUGACAGGAGCACCAUCGUUUGUGCACGACAGUAACAAGAGCGUGCAAGAAGCAAAAACGGUGUUUUUCGAGCAAACGACCUCGACCUCCAAUGGUGUCUCGAGGCUACCCCAGUUGGCAGGUACACGACAGCGCUCGGUUAAUCCAGCAAUGCCCAGUUCAAAUAACGACAUGGCCAAGAUCUCGGAUCGUAUCAAGAUGUUUGAGCGAGCGUGA